UAGUUUAAAAUGGUGUUGGGUGUAUUUUUCGCAAGAAGAUGCCUCAUGUUUAAUUUCAAGAAUGCCAGACAUUUGCAGAAUACUUUUAGAAAUUAAGAUAGGAUCUUUAUCAUAUUCCAUAACCUUUGGGGGCAGGCAAGCCACCCCCGGGUCUCCAUCUAGACGUGAUGAAAGCGGACAAACUGAUAGAGAAACUGAUCAUAGAUGAAAAGAAGUACUACCUGUUUGGGAGGAAUCCUGACUGGUGUGACUUCACCAUUGACCACCAGUCAUGCUCCCGUGUCCAUGCUGCCCUGGUCUACCACAAACACCUAAAAAGGGUCUUUCUUAUAGAUCUCAACAGCACACAUGGUACUUUCCUUGGACACAUUCGUCUGGAGGCACACAAGCCUCAGCAGGUUCCUAUAGACUCCACAAUAUCUUUUGGGGCCUCAACACGGACGUACACCAUCAGAGAGAAACCCCAAACCCAAACUGCUGGCACAGCAGACAGUAAGACAGGAGAGGAUGAGGAGCUCAAAGGACUGCUAGGACUCCCAGAAGAAGAGACAGAACUAGAGAACCUGACAGAGUUCAACACAGCUCACAACAAGCGCAUCUCCCUCCUGACCAUCGAGGAGGGUAACUUAGAAAUCCAGAGGCCUAAGAGGAAACGCAGGAACUCCAGAGUUACCUUCAGUGAGGAGGACGCUAUCAUUAACCCAGAGGAUAUAGACCCCUCAGUUGGACGCUUUAGAAAUAUGGUGCAGACUGCUGUCAUCCCCAUCAAGAAACGGAGAUCAGAGGGUCAAAACACUCUUGGUCUUGAUGACCUGGCUUCAAAACGCAUCCACGGCUACAGCUCGGCCAGUGGUCUCUAUGGGGACUUGCCUCCCACCACUCAUGAGAACCAGCCAAUAGGAGCUCCAGGAGGUGCUGCUAUGCAGGGCGGGCUUCCGCUCCCCUUCCCUAAUCCAGCACCAGAGGUGGACCUGGCCCCAGAGGCUCCCCAGCCCCCUGUCACACUCAACCCCACCCCUGUCACAGCACCCUAUCUACCAGAGACCCACAAUGAGCCACGCAAAAAGAAGUAUGCCAAAGAAGCUUGGCCGGGCAAGAAACCCACCCCCUCGCUACUCAUCUAACCAGUUUCUUAAAGGUGCUGACUCUCAGGUUACCAGCAGAUGCAUCAGGGACUAUGAUCUGAUGGUGGUGGUGUCAUUCAAUUCUCUCUCUCUCUCUUUUUUUUAUUUGUUGUGUUAUUUACUGUCAUCACAAAAAAGCAACAUACAGUUCCCCUGUGGUCUAUCAAAAGAUAUCAUCUACAUUACUAAGUCAGCAGUUGAUAUUUUAGCCAGAAAACAACUCGGUCUCAUUGACUGCAAACUAAACUGACAUAAAUUCACAAGACUUGGCAGUGAGCAUUUGCCUCAGAGUGGCAGUUAGAUAUGCUUGUCUGAGUGACAGGGUUCAUAGAUAUGAUGGGUCACUGAGUUAUGUUUUUGAAUUUUUUUUUUAAUUAUUAUUUUUUUUUUUUUACCAGUUUCAGCAUUUUUCACUCCAAUAUUUUGGUAAUGCUAUUAAACAAAUUGCAAAAAGUGCAUUUAUAUGAGAUAUUUUACUGUGAGUCAGGGAAGUCAGAGAAUCCAGAUAUGAUAACAUGGGGCUGUUUUUAUUUUGAAAAUUUAUUGAUAUAAUGUAGUUAAUUGACUGAAACAUUUCCAUUACCAAUAUGACAACAGAAAUGUCUUGCAUUUGUGGAACAAGCCACUAGAUGGUGACUUGAGCGCUGCAAGUAUAUUUGUUUAUGCUCUGUUGUGCUAAUUUUAACCUUAUCCAGUCUAAUUGUGGCAUCCCCUGAAAGUGGUGCCACAAUUUCCUAGUUAUUCUUUUCGAUCCUUCUGCAGAUAAAAUCCAUUUGCCAUGUCUAAACAGUAUAUUGAUCAUAUGUGUCCUUUGCCUUCUCAGUAGAUUGA